UUCACUAGACCCUGCAGCCUGCACCGCGGCGGCCGCUCGCAGCGCGUGCGUCAGACUACUUCACACUUCCCUCAGCGCGUGUAUCCAGACACAUCUCGCCCUGCCUCAGUCACCCUGCUUCUCUCGGAGAGGGCACGUGAGCAGUCUCCCUCGUUUAUCCACUGAUCUCCAGGCGUCGCGCGGCGUCUCAGCUCUGCGGGAGGUUGUGACUCGGACCCACGGGGUCAGCGCGUGUUGUGUUAUGUUCGGACUCUAAAGUUCGGGUCCCGAGGAGGGUUUUGCGUGACGCAGUGCGCAUGUCCAGCCGUUUGGAGGCUCCACAAAGUUACCGCUGCAGCAUGGACUAAGGAGCCUGUCGCUUCGGGAGCGUGUGGACACUCUGACCCCCUGAGAGAGGUGUUCGAGAGGGACUACCAUGGAGGAGGAGGACGUGCACGUAGAGAACGGCUUCCACGCCAGCAGCAAGGAGUCGGACCGGCAGCAGCGGCUCCGGCUGUGCGUUUUAAACGAGAUUCUCAACACGGAGCGGGCUUACGUGAGGACCUUACUGUUCCUCCAGUCGGUGAGUAGACUGGCCAUCACUCUCAUCACGUUGCCCUCGUCUCUUGGUCGGUACCACCGCCUCUCAGCCGGCCAAUCAGAGAGCCUCGCCCGGGAGGGAACCAACCUGACGGACAUCUCCACGGAGCUGCUUCUCCACGGCAACCUGCUGAAGAUCUCCGCCGGAAACAUCCAGGAGCGAGUCUUCUUCCUGUUCGACAACCUGCUGGUCUACUGCAAGAGGAAGUCCAGAGUCUCCGGGAAGAAGUCCACCAAGAGGACCAAGUCCCUCAGUGGGCCCCUGUACGUGUUCAGGGGCCGCAUCAACACGGAGGUGAUGGAGGUGGAGAACGUGGAGGACGGAACAGCGGACUACCACAGCAACAACUACACGGUGACCAACGGCUGGAAGAUCCACAACACGGCCAAGAACAAGUGGUUCGUGUGCAUGGCCAAGAACACCGAGGACAAGCAGAAGUGGCUGGACGCCAUCCUGAGAGAGCGGGAGCAGAGGGAGAGUCUGAAGCUGGGCAUGGAGAGGGAUGCGUACGUGAUGAUCGCGGAGAAGGGCGAGAAGCUCUACCACAUGAUGAUGAGCAAGAGCCGUCACCUGAUCAAGGACCGCCGCCGGAAGCUCAGCAACGUGCCCAAGUGCUUCAUGGGAAAUGAGUUUGUGUCGUGGCUGCUGGAGAGCGGAGAGAUCAGUAAACCUGACGAGGGAGUGAACCUGGGCCAGGCGCUGCUGGAGAACGGCAUCAUCCACCACGUGUCGGACAAGCACCAGUUCAAGAACGAGCAGGUGCUCUACCGCUUCCGCUACGACGACGGCACCUACAAGGCCCGCAGCGAGAUGGAGGACAUCAUGUCCAAGGGCGUCCGGCUGUACUGCCGCAUGCACAGCCUCCACACGCCUGUCAUCAAAGACCGGGACCACCAUCUCAAGACCUUCAGGUCUGUGGUGCCGGGGUACAAGCUGGUGGACUGGCUGCUCUCCCAGAGGAACGUGUGUGGACAACGCAGUGAUGUGUGCGUGUUCCCCUGGCUCCGCAGCGAGUGCAACAGCAACCGGGACUCUGUGCUGUCCUACACCAGCGUGCGCAGCAACAGCUCCUACCUGGGCAGCGACGAGAUGGGCUCAGGAGACGAGCUGCCCUGGGACAUGAGGAUCCCCUCAGACAAACAGGACAAGCUCCACGGCUGCCUGGAGCACCUCUUUAACCAGGUGGACUCCAUCAACAGCCUGCUCAAAGGACCGGUUAUGACCAAGGCCUGUGAAGAAACCAAGCACUUCCACCCUGACCACAGCCAGCCAGAGUUCCGGCACACGGAGGACUGGACGGUGCGGUGCCGCUGCGUGAUCCACAAGAACAUCCAGGAGGACCCGUGGAACCUGCCCAGCUCCAUCCGGACGCUGGUGGACAGCCUGCAGCGCUUUGUGGAAGACGGGAAGAACCAGCUGCUCCUGGCUCUCCUCAAGUGCACAGACACCUCCCUCCAGCUGAGGAGGGAUGUGAUCUUCUGCCAGGCCGCGGGCGCGGCGGUGCUAACGCUAGCUGAGCAGCUCCUUGCGGCGCUGCGCGCGCGCUACAACAACGCCGGGGAGUACCAGGAGGACAGCAAGGAGACCAGCCGGAAGUGGCUGGAGCAGGUGUCCGCCAUCGGAGUGCUGCUGCACUUCCAGAGCUCGCUGGCGCCCCACCUGAAGGAGGAGCGUACCAUGCUGGAGGACACUAAGGCCGCUCUGUUGGACCUGGACAAGCUCACCGUGUUCUUCAAGCAGACCCAAAACGAGUAUCUGGUGCCCAACACGCCCGUGUCCUACCAGGUGGACGGCGGUCGCCAGGCGCUGCGCGUCACCCUGCUGCUGGACAGCUGUCACUUCAGCGAGCUGCCCGGCCGUCUGCAGAACGGAGGCAGCCUCAAGCUGCACACCGUGCUGUUCACCCGCGCCCUGGAGCGUCCAGAGGGCUCGUCCCAGCAGGACUUUGUUGCCAUGGAGGAGUUCCAGCAGAGGACCAACGCGGUGUCCCUGGAGAGGGUCAAGGCCUACUACCGCAAACUCAGGGCUUUCUACCUGGAGAAGUCAAACCUGCAGACCGACUCCAACACCACCGCCAUGAAAAUCGACCAGCUCCUGCGACCCCUGAACACGCUGGACGACCUGUGCCGCCUGAUGCAGUCCUACGUCAACGUGCGGCCCAGCGCGGGAGGCCACCCGUCGGGGGUCAGCGUGCUGAGCGUCUCCUCGGAGCUCUGCAACCGCCUGGGGGCGUGCCACGUCACCAUGUGCGCCACGGGCAUGCAGAGGUGCACCCUGAGCGUGACCCUGGAGCAGGCCAUGAUCCUGGCCCGCAACCACGGCCUCAUCCCCCGCUGCAUCAUGCAGACCAUGGACAUCAUGCGUAAACAGGGGACUCGGGUUGAGCUGUUUGCUAAAAACCUGAAGGUGAUGGACCAGAUGCCACCGUCAGCACCCAGGCUCUUCAGGCUGUGUUUGCCUCCGUCGGACGGAGAUCUCUAAGGACACAAUAACAGCACAUCUACUCUGGACCUCUCACAACAAACAGGGAAGACCUCGAGGGACUCCAGCGGCGGAGGUCCUGAACGAAUGUGGAGAAGAGGAAGAGGAGGAGCCAAGGGGAGGAGCCAGAGGGAGGAGCCAAGAGGAGGAGAUAGGGGAGAAGCCCAAGGGGGAGGAGCCAAGGGGAGGAGCUAGGGACAGAGUUUAUACCUCUGUGUUUCUGACCGGGAGACCGUGACGUUGACAACUAAAAACAAAUCCUUGUACUGGAUGAUUCUCUGACCAUCCCAGGGACCAUUCCAUCGUAGAAGAGGGAGAGCCUUUGUUGGGGUUAUCGAUUAACCCUCAGAACCAUCAGACCAGACACAGAGCUGGAGUGGAGCUUCACCACCUGCGGUGUGAACACCUGUUGACACUGAAGAUCUCCACUUGAAAAACUCUUCUGUACCAGGGAUUUCUAUUGUAACAAAAAAAAGAAAAAACAGCUUGAAAAUAUGUCGAAGUCUUACGGGGGGAAAAGGAGGUCUUCGAGAAACGCAUCAAACAAUAAUAUGCUCGCAGCUGUCCAGGGCUGGCAUUACUGGAUUAACCAAACUACCUGCAUCCUCCACUCAUACCCCUAACACACGUUCACCGCACGCUCACCGGUCCGCUGACCGCAAGGCACGGGGCGGUCACUUUCAC